ACGAAACGGCUGAUUGUCGAACACACAUCUGCUGCUCCUCUAACUUGACUGAAAGACAAACUUAUGAUAGACCAACGUGCAAAUAUAUACUGAAUAGCAAGGGAAGAUGAGGUGAACACACUGAGUACGAGUCUUAGUAAUAAACAAGUCUUAGCGAAAUCCGUUCGUUAGAAGAGGAGGCACCUCUGAUAAUUCUUUUUUUUAACAAAACAGCGAUUUUCCUCCACGCGAUAGUCGUGAGAAGUUCUUUGUUUUGGAAGAAGUAUGACGAAAUUCGAACGCAGAAAAGACGAGGAUAACGCGUUCAUUGAGUGAAAUUCCUGGAAAACUUCGUUCUGGCAUAAUGUGACAACAAAGAUUCGGUUUUCUUAGCGGCUCAGAACCCAGUGUGUACUGUCUUCAGUUCUUGAAUGAAACAGACAUGAACUCAACUAAACAUAUGAAGGACUUGCUACUAAAAUCAAACAGUGUUCCACUUAUGGCCCGUGGGUGUCGGCGUGGAGACGUUUCCCGCCGUUGCAGAUUACGACUUGACGGUUACUCUUAUUUGAUUGUGGCGAAUCCACCAGAAUCCCAAGGGACGAAAGAUGAAGAAAAACCACCUGAAAGUGAUUCGGAUCUAUCGCAAGUUGGUGGUUUUCUUGUUCGUCGGGCACACGCUCGAGGUGGAAGCCCUUCACAAGCAGUCGGACAAGGCGAUCGAAGUCUCCAAAAGCAAGAUUCUACUCUCGCCACAUUUCCACCCGUCGAUGCGGCUGACACAACACGAGCUUGUGAAAAGGCCGCUUCAAGAUUACGGGAGCUUUCCGCGCACCUCACCCAUGGUGACGUCCCCGUUCCUAUCCUUCAGGAGACACUCCGAUAUGCUGCUUGUGUGCUUGAAACCAUAUCAAUGGAAGAAGCCAGAUGGUUGAUGGAAGAAGAGGAAGAUGACUUGUCCGAAGUUCAUCCAGACGCUGUCCCCAACGAAGUCAGAGAAUGGCUAGCUUCCACAUUUACUCGCCAGGCAGCAGCACAGCGAGUACGCUCUGAUGAUAAACCUAGGUUUAGGUCGGUAGCCAAUGCCAUUCGUGCAGGCAUUAUGGUAGACAGGAUAUAUCGGAGAUUGUCGAGUUCGUCUCUGAUGCAACAAAUACCGCCUCAAGUCAUGCAGCACCUAAAGAAUAUCGAUGAGUGGUCUUUUGAUGUCUUUGCUGUUAACGAGGCUGCCAAUGGACAAGCUCUACGGUAUAUUAGCUAUGACCUUUUGAACCGCUAUGGCAUCAUACAAAAGUUCAAGAUUCCGACUGCUGUUCUGGAGAACUUUUUGGUCCAAGUGGAGCUUGGGUAUGGCAAACACAAAAAUCCUUACCACAAUAACAUCCAUGCUGCUGACGUCACUCAAACUGUGCAUUACAUGAUCUGGCACUCUGGAUUAGCGAACUGGUUGACGGAUUUGGAAGUGUUUGCUACCGUAUUCUCAGCCAUCAUUCAUGAUUUUGAGCAUACAGGCACGACUAACAACUUCCACGUUAUGUCUGGCUCAGAUACUGCUCUUCUCUACAACGAUCGAGCAGUUUUGGAGAAUCAUCAUUUGAGUGCAGCUUUCAAGCUACUUAAGGAAGACGAUUAUAAUAUUCUUCAGAACUUUAGCAAAGAAGAAUUCAGGGAAUUUCGAGCUCUGUCCAUCGAGAUGGUACUGGGCACCGAUAUGUCGUCCCACUUCCACCAACUUAAAACGAUGAAAACAUUACUUAGCCAUCGAGAAUUUAGUAUAGACAAGCCAAAGGCACUUUCAUUACUUCUUCACUGCUGUGAUAUCAGCCAUCCAAGUAAAAACUGGAAAUUACACCAUCCAUGGACACAACUUCUCAUGGAAGAAUUUUUUCAGCAGGGAGACAAAGAACACGAAAUGGGAUUACCCUACUCACCUUUAUGUGAUAGGAAUACAACGCUAGUCGCAGAGUCUCAAAUAGGUUUUAUCGAGUUUAUCGUGGCUCCAAGUAUGGAAGUGUGUGGAGAUUUACUGGAGAAAAUCCAGCUCGAGCUUCAGUUACCCAGAUCUCCCACCGUUGAAGAAUCCAUCCUGGAGGAAACCUCGGAAAACAAAACUGAUAAGAAGCUACGCACUAAAUCACUUUCUGCUAUGAGACCAUCAACUAGACCAAACAGCAAUUCCCUCCCUUCAGAUGGCGCUAGUAUCGAUAAUGAAAGUACCACAUCCAAGCCACCCCCGCGGAGUGCACCAGCCUCACCCAGAUCCCCACACUUAGGAGGGUCAGGGGCUCAUGCUGAAGUUCCUCGUCCGUGGAUAAAAUGCCUAGAAGAAAACAGAGCUCUCUGGCAAGAAAAAGCAGCAAAAGAUGCGGAGCUCCAGUCCCAAGAAGUUUCUACGGAUAGAAAAUCUGAUAAUGAUGAUAGCGAUCCAGCUGAAUCUGCAGCCUCUCGAUCUGAGACAUAAUUUUUGUGUGAAACGAAGUGUGCUUUUUGUAUUUACGUACUAUAGUUAGUCUUAUAAGUAGUGCAUUAUUUGAUAGGUAGUCAUGAAAGGUCGCAUUUUCUAAAACAUCCUUUUCUUCUGUGUUAACAUACCAAAUUCACUACCUGGAAAAUUACCUUUGUAUAUUAGUUGCUAAUAAUAGAUUAUAAAGUAAUACACAAAGGACAUGUGUAUCUUAUAUGUUCAUUAAGCCUUAUAUACUCUCAUAUACUAUAAUUAGCUUUAUUGAUUCUCUCGGUAGGAAUAUCCUCGUUUGUUAUUUGGAGUAUUAAAAAAGUAAGUAGUAACAGUACUGAGUAAAUACAAAAGUAAGUAGUAACAGUUACUGAGUAAAUACAAAAGUAAGUAGUAACAUUUACUGAGUAAAUACAAAAGUAAGUAGUAACAGUUACUGAGUAAAUACAAAAGUAAUAGUAACAGUUACUGGAUAAAUACGAAAGUAAUAGUAACAGUUACUGGGUAAAUACAAAAGUAAUAGCAACAGUUACUGGGUACAUAUAAAAGUAAUAGUAACAGUUACUGGGUAAAUACAAAAGUAAUAGCAACAGUUACUGGGUACAUAUAAAAGUAAUAGUAACAGUUACUGGGUAAAUACAAAAGUAAUAGUAACAGUUACUGGGUAACUACGAAAGUAAUAGUAACAGUUACUGGGUAAAUACAAAAGUAAUAGUAACAAUUACUGAGUAAAUACAAAAGUAAUAGUAAGAGUUACUGGGUAAAUACGAAAGUAAUAGUAACAGUUACUGGGUAAAUACAAAAGUAAUAGUAACAGUUACUGGGUAAAUAAGAAUGGUGUCCAAGUUGAGAUAUUUUAUUAGGAUUUACAAUAGCAACUGUGUCCAAACGCUUAGAUUCUUUAAAAGUGAUUUUUUAUGUCGCCGUUAACACUUCACAGUGUAUUUCAUAUAUAUAUUAAUACACUUCAUCCAUCUUCCCAAACCUUAAUAGAUAACAGUGAUUUGUUCAGCUGUUAGAGCAUUUGCUGUGAGAUAUUGUAAGGCUAGUAAUUAUUUUAUUUACACAGUUAUUACAAUAACAACAUAAGUAUGCUGUAUGUGUAAGGACUUUAUGUAUAAUCCGAAGCAUAAUGAUUUCGUUUGCUGAACCAUGUAAAUAAUUAUAAAUAUGCUAACUUUUUCUGGCAAACCUUUGAGCGGGAGUUAUAAAUAUUGGGCAUAGUUUUAGCUCAUUUUGAAAGUCCCCUCUAUUUCUUCUAGUUGUGAUUUAGGAAGCCAGGCCACCAAUCACAUUCACAUAUAUAAUAUAUACACGCGUAUGCAUACACGUGUCGGUGGGUUUGCGUGAGACAAAGUGAUUAUUUCCUGUUGUGGAACGAUCUGAUAAGCGCCCUCUUCUGGACGUAGUCUUUUGAUUUUGCUGAAAUAUAAUUUGUGGCCUUCACAGUAUUAAUCGUACAUUCAUAAUCACAUGAUUAAACUAUCUUAGUUAAAAAUCUUAAGGUUAAGCAACCUAAACCUGUAAGCUAACUCUUCCUUUUUUUAUUAUUAUUAUAAGCGGCCAGAAUUAGAAUAUAGAUAUAUCAUGUGUAACAACUAAACGUUCGUAGUCAUAUAUACAUCCAUGCAAAUAUACAGUAAAAGCACAAAUACACAUAAAUGUAUGAAAUAUAUAAGUUAUAUGACUUUUCAGUUUCAGCAGUUGAUUUUAAGUUGUGCUGGAAAGGUAUUAAUUGCCCAGUUUAUAUUUUUAUACGUUAAAUAAUGAGAACGUGUUUGUAUUGUAUGUAAGUGUAUUCAAACAGUUCUAGCUUGUGGCUGACCAGCACACUAUAGUGGAAGCUUCGUCAUAACACCCAACGUCACAUGUUUCUGAAUACAUAUUACGAGAACACUAUCACAUACUUCUGGAUGUUGCCGCUAGAGGGAG